AUGAGGCUGCUGAUUCGGCCUGUUAGUUCUAAUGUUGUGAAAGGGGAGAUAACUGUUAGGGUCACUGUUGUGACUUUGUUUCUUGGAGGUGCUGAUGAACUUGUUACACUCUUGGCGAAGGAGUUUCCUUCUCUUGGUUUGAAGAAAGAAAAUUGUUCUGAAAUGACUUGGAUUGAUUCUGUGCUUUGGUGGGCUAAUUUUGGCAAUGAUUCGAAACCUGAUGUCCUUCUUGACAGAAAUAUUGAUUCGGCAUCAUUUCUCAAGAGGAAAUCUGAUUAUGUGGAGAAUCCAAUUUCAAAAGAUGGGUUGGAAAGUAUAUGGAAGGUAAUUAAAUUGGGAAAAAUAGGAUUGGUUUUCAAUCCUUACGGUGGAAAAAUGAGCGCGGUAUAUUCAAAUGCUACCGCGUUUCCUCACCGUGCAGGGAAUCUGUUCAAGAUUGAGUACUCGGUGAAUUGGGACGAACCUGGAAUUGAUAUCGAAAAUAAUUUUACAAAUCAGACUAGAAUUUUAUACAGUUACAUGACCCCUUUUGUGUCCAACAGUCCAAGAAGAGCUUUCUUAAAUUAUAGGGACCUUGAUAUUGGUACUAAUGAUUUUGGAAAUAAUAGUUAUGAACAAGGGGUUGUUUAUGGAAUGAAGUAUUUUAAUAACAACUUCGAGAGGUUGGUAAGCAUCAAAACCGAAGUUGAUCCAGAAAACUUCUUCAGGAACGAACAAAGUAUUCCAGUUCACCCAGCUGGUAAGUAA